GGCAACCAGUCUGUAGUCGUCAUUGACUGAUGGGCGAGUUUUCUUUGGAACUGGAACAAGGCAGGAUGUCUUCCACAGGACUGGAACCUUCUCCUGGUCCAGGCUGAGGUUGAAGAGGUGCUGCAGAAUCCCACAGAGCUGCUCUGCACAGGCCUUCAGUACUCUGGGGCUGACACCAUCUGGACCUGCAGCCUUGUUCCUGUUCAGUCUCUCCAGCUGCCUCUUCACCUGACUUCUAGAGACAGAUAGGUGGGAGGGGGAGAUAAAUGGGGCAGCAGCAUCUCCUGACUUGGUUGAAGACAGAUGAAUAGAACCAGAUGAGUCCAUGACUGUGUUAGAAGACAAAAGAGCUGGCGUGUGACAGGAAAAUGUUGGAUCAGAGGAGGAUGGGAUGUCUGAUUGGCUGGGGACAGGCGAGGAGGAUGCUGGGUUUGUUCCUGAACUGAACCUAUUGAAGAACUUGUUCAGUUCAUUGGCUGUGUCCAGGCUGCCAUCUGUGCAAUCCUUCCUCUGCUUGAAGCCUGUGAUCUUCUUCUUACCUGACCAGACAUCUCUGAUAUUGUUUCUCUGUAGGUUGUUCUCCAGCUUCUUCCUGUAUGCCUCCUUGCUGUCUCUGAUCUUGAUCUUCAGUUGGUUCUGUAUACUCCUCAAUAAUUCCCUGUCUCCCUCCUUGAAGGCUUUUUUUUCCUCAUUUAGCAGAUUCUUCAGUUCACUGGUGAUCCAGGGUUUGUUAUUAGCGAAGCAUCUCACUGUUCUGGUGGGUAUGAUGUUGUCCACACAGACGUUUAUAUAGCCAUACAGAAGUUUAUGUAGUCAGUGACACAUCCAGUCAUGACAUUGAUGUCCUCUUCAUAUCCUUGGCAGAGUCAUCCAAUCUGUGGUCUCAAAACAACCCUGCAGGGCUUCUUCAGCGUCCUGUGACCAUUUUCUCUCAGUUCUUGUCACAGGUUGCCUCUGAACAAGUGGUUUGUAUUCUGAGCAGAGAAAAACAAGAUUGUGGUCUGAUUGUCCCAGAGGAGGUCUUGUUUUGGACAUGUAUGCAUUCUUUACAUUUGCAUAACACAAAUCCAAUGUCUUGUUUUCUCUGGUGGAGCAGCUGACAAACUGUUGAAAUGUUGGAAGUGAAGCAGAGAGCGAGGCAUGAUUAAAAUCACCAGAUAUAGCCACAAAUGCAUUGGGGUGCUGGGUUUGUAGCUUAGCGACAACAGAACUGAUGGCAUCACAUGCACUUUCAGCAAUGGCUGAAGGUGGAAUAUAAAUGGUUGCCAAGACAACACUGGUGAAUUCUCAGCAAAUAAUAUGGGCGACAACUUACUGCCAAGAGUUCAACAUCUGGGCUGCAGAGACGACAUUUCACUGAAACAUGACCUGGAUGGCACCAUCUGUUGUUGACAAGCACUGCCACUCCACCUCCUUUUCUUUUCCCGCUCCUCUUCAGAUCUCUGUCUGCUCGUACAGUCAGGAAUCCUGGCAGAGAGAGACGCUAGAAUCGGGGAUAUGGUCCUGCAGCCACGUGUCAGUGAAACACAUAACACUGCACUGCCGAAACUCUGGCUGAGUCCUUGAAAGGGCUUGGAGUUCAUCCAUCUUGUUGGCCAGUGAUCUCACAUUGCCCAUUAUGAUCGAUGGAAGAGAUGGUUUGAAUUUCCUCUUUCUCUGUCUCCGUUUUGCUCCCGCUCUGCAGCCACGCUUCUUGCGUUUUAGCUCAUUUGGGAUUUGUGGCUUCAGUUGAGGUAUUAUUUCAGCCUUUCCCAUGUUAAUCAGCUGCUCCCGAUUGUAAACCAGCUUGUUGCCAUGGUUAAGCAUCAUAACUAAUGCUCAAAAAGUGAUAAAAUAGCAGUAAAAAUUGUCUAAGCUUCACAGCACCAGAAACGGAAAAGUUAAAUGUCCAAAAAUAUACCGUUUUUCUUGAGAAACUAGAAGAAAAAUUGUCCAAAAAAAGGCUAAACUUACAUAUAGUCAACAGAGCUACUCCAACAUGCAGCCGCCCAGAGCAGCGCUGAACAGGGCUAAAAGAGCUAUUUUUAAUCUGCUUUGCCUUACGCCCUGGAUCACACGUGUUAAGACAGCUUAUGUCAAAUCCACGGCACAUAACAAACAGGCUCAGAAAAUGGCUUUUAUCGACCCGUUGACCUGCAUUCAUUUUUCCUCUUUGCUGGAGCAGGGUUGGGCUAGCUGUGGGGGUGUCUCGGUUUGGGCUACAAAACACCUUAGAGGGGUUUCUGUAGCAUGUCACCAACCAAUCAGAAUGGGCAUCAAAUAUGUCAUUUCCGCUGCUGGACAUGUGUCAAAAUAAAAGUCAUAUUAGUCAAAAUAUGUCCAUGAUGCCGGGAUCACGUUGCAAUUUUGGGCCGCUGCACAGGAUUGUUCAUGUGACACUGAGAACUCCGUAGAGGCGGCACGUUGUACGGAGCAAGAUUUCUGUGUGUCAGACGGCACAGCGUCUCUCUCCAACCGGACAUGCUGCGGUGUGAGCGCACCUCCAGCAAGAACACGUCACUCAGCAGACCGCUAACCACCAGAAAGCUGAAGAGAUGAAAUAGUGCUGCUGUAAUGACUCUUUAGUGUCAGCUCAUCUUCCUCAAAGAGGAAGGAUCAUUUUCAAAACCCUCGCUUUGGCUUCAGUCUCUGGCUGUGGGUCUCUCUUCCCGGCUUGCAGCUAAACAGCUGAUCUGUCUGCUGGACAUUCGUCCUUCCCAUCCUCCUUUCUCAGUGACAUCACAUCACAGCCGCCGUCCGGAGCACAGCUUCCUCUGUCCCUCUGCAUCCCAUAAGUGGGAUUUCCACCAACAGCAAAGGGAUGCUUAAACAAUGUUAAUCUAUUCAAAAUCUUUUGCAAUAUUUUUUAUUUGAUAAUCCAAAUUACCCCCACCAAAAAGACGCAUGGUAAUCUCCAUCAGAUGUGGACCAGAACAAAAACCGAUUGAGACAGCAUGGCCAUGACUGAAGAUGGCUGCAUCCAAUUCACACGUCACCCUGGCGACGUUCUGCUCAACUUCAACCGCCUCCGCAGCCGCAACAUCUUGACUGAUGUCACCAUACAGGUGGAUGGACGGCUCUUUCAUGCCCACAAAACCAUCCUGGUGGCCUGCAGUGGCUUCUUCUAUUCUGUGUUCAUGCAUCCUGAGAACACAAACCUUAAUGCCAUCAGCUUGGACUCCAAAGUAGAUCCUAAAGCUUUCUCCCUCCUGUUGGACUUCAUGUACACUUCCUGUCUGAACCUUAGCGACAGCCUGGCCCUCGCCACCCUGAACGCAGCGCUCUACCUACGGAUGGAGCAUGUGGCUGACACCUGCCACAGAUUCAUCAAGUCCAGGCAGCAGUCUCUGAAUACGCAGCUGGAAGAGAUACGGCACCACUUGGCUAACACGGCCGAUGACGCUAAACAAUGUUUUGAAGAGAUAGAGUCGAGCUUGAGAAGAUCACUUCCUCACCAAGAGCGGGGGGCUUGCAUCCCCACCGUCUUCAGAGGCAUCAACACCACUGGCUCCUGUCAUGUCUACGGUGACCCUCAUGCUUCAGCUGGGACUCUAGAAUAUUCUCAGAAGAACAGCUUCAUCCAACCAGCACCGGCUCAUGACCUCACCGCCCCCAGAGAGGGAGACGACCUCCAGCACCCCAAAAGCAGCUGCUUCAGACCUGCCCAGAGCUACAGCAAAGGUGUGAUCUGCAGUCCCCAGAGCCCCCUCAGAUCCGACUGCCACCCAAAUUCACCCACCGAGUCCAGCAGCAGCUUAAACGCGAGCAUGAGCCUCAAGCAGCCGCCCGCCUCCCUCAGAGACACCAGGGCCCGCAACUGGAAGAAAUACAAGUUCAUUGUUAUGAACCAGACUCCGGACGAGAGCGAGAGGGAAGCUCAGAGAAGUCAUGCUGAGGGGGGGGCAGCAUCUCCCCCACGGAGCCCCUCCAGGAGCGAGGCUAUAGGGGGGCCCGAGGAGCCUCGCGCAGAAGAGGGAGACAACGGGGAAGAGGUGGUUUUUUCUCGGAGUGAGCUGAGCUGCAGCAGCAGGUACUCCUCCUCCAGCUGUGACAGCCCUCAGCGCAUGGACAACAACCAUUCAUCUCCUGGCUUGCUCAGUUCGGACGAGGCCACCAAGAUCCACUCGGAUUACUUUCCCUCCAGCUGUGAAAAUAAUUAUGUCUGCAACGGCUGUGACUGCAAGUUCCCCAAGGAGGAGUCUCUGAAAGACCACAUGGUUCAGGUUCACAGCGACAAGCCGUACAAAUGCGACUGCUGCCAGGCCGCCUUCCGCUACAAGGGCAACCUGGCCAGUCACAAGACGGUUCACACAGGUGCAAAGCCAUACCGCUGCAACACCUGCGGCGCUCAGUUCAACCGACCAGCCAACCUGAAGACCCACACCCGGAUCCACUCUGGGGAAAAGCCCUACAAGUGUGAGACAUGCGGCUCCCGCUUUGUUCAGGUGGCACACCUUCGUGCUCAUGUGUUGAUCCACACAGGAGAGAAACCCUACCCCUGUGACAUCUGUGGAACUCACUUCCGCCACCUUCAGACGCUCAAGAGCCACAUGCGCAUUCACACGGGAGAGAAGCCUUAUCACUGUGAGAAAUGUGACCUUCACUUCAGACACAAGAGCCAGCUCAGGCUUCAUCUGCGACAGAAACACGGCGCUGUGACCAACACCAAGGCCCGCCGGUCUCCGGGAAACCUCUCCACAGGCCUGACCACUUCCUGCUGAGCCCGCUUCUGUCUGGGCGUCACCGACCACUCUGCAUCGAUGAGAUUUUAACUUUCCCAGACAGAAAACUUAAAAAGACGUCAGCCUGGUAAAUGACGCCAUGGCCUAGUUGUAGCUCUUUCACAAACCUCUUUUAGAAAAUGGUGGCGCUAAUUUGCUGCAGGGCUGAGCCGGCGUCUGGCAGCCUUAAGCCUAACUUAUGCUUCUAUGCUUGCGUUAUUCGUCAUUACGAGGGCUCCAACAGGCUCGCAAGGAUGGACGGAGUCCAGCCCACUUUUCUAAAUGUCCAAAGAGACGGAACACAAGCUUGUGAUUGGCCGCUUCCAUCCGGUUCCUCAAGAGCACCUCAUUGCCUUCUCAAAAGAAAGUAAAUAAUAAGAAAGGAAGGGAAAGGUCUUUUAUAAAGCGCCUCCAGAUAAAAAUGGAGCCGGCGACAUCUAUUGGCAGACCUGGAGUAGCUUGAAGAAUACCUCACAGAAAAACUGUGAAAAUAUGAACGUUUAUUCAUCCGUGAGUGGAUGAGUAUAAAGCUACGCAGCAACGUUUUAUUCCUGGGCGGAAAUGACGGGAAACGUGGGUUUAGAGGAGGAGGAUGGGGGACAAAUGUGUCCGUGUUAAAAAGUCUCUGAAAUAGAAACACAAUAGUAAAUGCACCAUCUUGGACUGGAAACAUGACAGGAUACCACAGAACAGCACCCUCUGCUGUCCUGGCGGGGAAUUGCUUCCCCAGGAGACGGAGAAGUCAUAAAUUAGGCUUACGGUGGUCAGACCGUGGCGGUAAUGUGGCGCAAUAAUGUCCUUUUGACGAGAAAUGAUGCGAUGGCGGUAAAGAGGCGGUCUCUGCGCUGCCGUGGUUUUUAUUGCGGCAGAAGCCGCUCUCCUUAUGCUUUUUUGACACGGCGUUCUUCCACAGUCCUCGUGCAGUCUCUGGGGAUCUGAGCUCCAGCUCUAAUGGGAGAGAAGCUUCUGGAGCUCUGCAUCGCUCCAGUUGAUCAUCUCGGCUGAUUCUGGUAACAAAAGCUAAACUUGUUGCCAAUUUCAUUUUUAAUGUUGUAGCUGGCCGGCGCUCGGCAGUAACCCCCCGCGUGAUCACGUCACCUGUCUUUUGCGCCAAGGCGUAGUGUGCAUUCACGCCUCUGGUGUUGCGGCAGGAUUACUGCCCAGCGUUGUGGCACGAAUGCUGCAAAGCUCCUGCAUCACCAAGCCCCGUGGUGCGCUCCGAAGACGCACCGUGGGGGCGGUACUGCGCUGAUUUGCCAUCUUGGUGUGUCUUCUAAAAAGGGCUAAAGAGUUUUAUUUUGAAAGGUAACCCCCCUCUGUGCUUUUGUUUAGAAUGUUUGACAGAAUGUAGACCCUGAAUGUGAAUCUGAGCGGGAAUGAGACGGCCGCCACCGUAUCCGUUCAGAAUCAGCUGUUACACGUUCGCUCUGGCCUUUGUGAUCCGUUUUUUCAGGCUGUCGAUGUAAAUAAGAUAAUAUAUUUUUCUGAGUGCAGAAAUCUUUGCGUUUGGUACAUUUCUCACAGGCUUCUCUGUCCGUAACCAGAGGGGUUCGUAUUUAGCCGUGUCAUACUUUGUGGUACAUGAUGUAAAAAUGCAGAGUCACUUCUUUCAGACGUUUUGUACGUAAUUUAAUUUCGGUCACGUUGACGUUGGUAUGUGUUGCACACACUCAUGAUGCUGUAAUCUCUACAUGUUCUUACUUUUGACUUGAUUUCCAUGUUCUCAGCAGCACGUUGAAAGCCCAUUCCCAGCACUUUUCUGUUUUAUUUAUGUGUUUGUUUCCCGUGUUGUUUCUGCUGACGCGGUGCUGCAGCCGUCCGUCCUCCCAGCUGGGAUCCCGAUGAACCAACGCUAUGCUUCUUGACCUCUAGCACAUUCUGAGUGCCUUACAAUUACACUUUUCUACUGGAUUAUUUUUCCCCAGACUGACAGUUAAUGCAGUUUAAUUGUGACCAUGUGAUUGCCUCUGUAAUCAUCUGUGUUUAGUGCGGUACGUGGCCGUGUUGUGCAGUAAUGUGUGUGCAUGCUAAGGGGCUGUUGGAUGGAAAGCUCAUAAUCCGAAGGGUGAGGAGCGUUAAGUACAGACAUUAGGCAUCAAGCUAAAAGACUCAGGAAUAUGUCAGCAAAUGUCUUUGCAAUGGCAGACUGAAUAUAUAUUUCUAUAUAUAUAUAAAAGAAAAGAAAAUUUGUAUUGUGGA